AUGGCGAAAAGUGCCUCUGAAUUUGGUUUACAUAUUUGUCAUGGGGGUAGGUUCACUAACUAUGAAGCUAAACAACAUUACAUAGGUGGGGUUUUUGACACUAAGAUUGAGUUAGAUCCUGAUAGGUUCGGGUACUUUGAUCUUCUUGAUUAUGUGAAAGAAUUAGGCUAUGUGUCCUGGGCUGGGUUGUAUUAUAGAAUACCUAGAACUCAAACACAUAAGGUAAUAGUUAAUGAUCAAAGUGUAAUGGAAAUGUUGAGUCUAGUGGAUAGGCACGCAGUAGUAACUGUAUGUGUGGAUGAGGGUAGGCUUGGUACAGAUAUGGAUGAGGAAGGGAAGGUUUCUGAGGGAAAAGCUUGUGAUAGCAAAGUCUCUGAGGCGAGGGACAAGGAGUCUGAAUUACAAAGUGAGGGUUUAGUUGAGGAAUAUAUUAGUGAAGCUGACGUGGAGAGGGGGUCUGGUUCUGAGGGAGAUGAUGAGAGUGUGGAGGAUGGUGGUCUUCAUGCUUUCUUUGCGGGUGAGAGAGGUUCUCAGGAUGAAGGAGAGGAACAUUAUGAGGAUGAAAGGGAUGAAUUGGUAAAGGAACCACCAACAGGUGAUGAUGGUGAGGGUUUAGUUGAGACAGUUGUAGACACUCAUUUGGGUUUACAUGAUGAUGGGGACUGGGGUCACCUAGAUAAUGCCACACAUUCCGAGAUUGAUGAUUUCAUCAAUAGGGAGUGUUUCUCAGAUAGUAGUGAGGGUGAAGAUUAUGAACCUAGUGAGAGUGAGUUGUCAGAUGUUAGUCUACGAAAUCUGGACUAUAUAUCUGAUGAAGAGAACUUGCAAAUGCGAAAGAAAUUAAGAAAGGUUGAUAGUGCUUUUAAACUGAUGAAUGAAAAAGAUGGCUUCGAGGCCGAUGUUGAACACACAUACCAGUCUGAUUACGAGAAUGAUGAAAAGGAAUUUGUCUCGGAUGAAACUGAUUCUGACUUCGAUCAUAGGUUGAGGGUCAAGAGGGUAGUAUAUGAUCCUAGAUGUGACCACAGCAAAAUGAAGCCAGUAAUUGGCAUGUAUUUCCAGGAUGAGAUUCAAUGUAGGGCUGCUUUGACAACAUGGGCAAUAGAAAAUGGUAGAUAUAUCCAUUUUAAGGGAGUAUCUAAGAAAAAAUUGUUGGCAAAAUGUACCCUACCUUGCCCUUGGAAGCUAUAUGCUAGUUAUGUCCAGGCUAAUGGAACAUUUAUGAUUAGAUCUUGUAGUGGGGAGCAUAGUUGUCCUAAGGCCAUGUCUAAUAAAUGGUUGACUUCUCAGUGGAUAGCCGGUAGACACUUGAAUGUUUAUAGGGUUAGAUAUAAUCUGAAGGUUAAAGAUUUGCAUGCUGACAUUCUCGAGAGGUUCAAAGUUAGAGUGCCUAAGGACCGACUCUAUAAGGCUAGGAGAAUGGCUCAAGAGAUGGUCAGAGGGUCUGUGGACGAACACUAUGCCAUGAUAAAGAAUUAUGUUGCUGAACUUCGUCGCGUGGAUCCUGAAGGAAGGUUUGAGCUUCUGCUACAACCCGAUAACACUUUCAAAGCACUGUACAUUGGUUUGAGUGCUUUGAGAAAGGGCUUCAAAGCCAGCUGCAGACCAGUCAUUGGUAUUGACGGUUGCUUUCUUAAAACGUACUUGGGAGGCCAUCUUCUCUGUGCCACUGGGAAAGACGGAAACAAUGGGAUGUUUCCCUUAGCAUGGGCUGCGGUGGAGGCUGAAAAUAAAGCCUGCUGGACAUGGUUCUUGGAAACUUUGUUUGCGGAUUUAGAGCUUGGUGAUGGAAGUGGAUGGACCUUCAUCAGUGACCAACAAAAGGGAUUACAAAAUGCGGUCGCUGCAUUGGCACCUCAGGCGGAGCAUAGGAAUUGUGCUCGUCAUAUCUACAUGAACUGGAAAAAGGUCCACAAGGGUCAAAGCCUUAAAAACCUGUUUUUUCGAGCGGUGUAUGCAACCUAUGAAGCUGACUUCAAAAUCGCGGUUCAAGAUAUGAAAAUAGAGUCCCCGGCAGCCUUCGAUGAUUUCAUGGCACGCGACACAACUAAAUUCUGUAAGGCCUUCAUCUCAACUUACCCCAAGAGUGAUAGUGUGGAUAAUAACAUAAGUGAAUGCUUUAAUGGAUAUAUACUAAAUGCUGGGGGUAAACAUGUUAUUCACAUGUUAGAAGAGAUUAGGUCUUCUUUGAUGGUUAGGCAGGUCCAAAAAUUCAAAGCCAUGAGCCUUGUCGCUGGUAAGAUAACACCAAAUAUUGACAAGCUGUUGGAAAAGAAUUUGAAUGCUAGUGCAUAUUGUGUGGCACUCCCUGCAAUGUAUGAUUCAUUCCAAGUGCAUUAUGAAGGAGACACGUUCGUUGUACAUGUUAAAACUGGAAAUAAUGGACAUAAUGGAUGUUCUUGUAGAGAGUGGGAUUUGACAGGUAUCCCAUGCAAGCACGCUGUUUCGGCAAUCAAGUACAUGGACCGUGACCCCCUUGAUUAUGUUGCUGAAUGUUUUUAUGUUUCAACUUAUUUGGCUGGUUAUGAGCAUGGCAUCAAACCCAUUCAUGGCAAGAAGAUGUGGCCCCAAAUUGGUGGCGAUGUAGUCAGACCGCCCCCGAAAACAAAGAUGCCCGGCAGACCGAAGAAUAAACGAGUGAGAGCACCACAAGAGAAGAAAGGAAGAAUGUCAAAGCAUGGAGUUGUCAUGACUUAA